CUCUUGGUUUACAAAUAUCACUUGAACAAGUCGCUAUUUACAACAGAUGAUGACUCUGUAGAUCGUCUGUCUCAAUUUCAAAGGGUCCCACCGCGCACACUGUGAUAUGCAUAUUACAUUGGAUAAACCAACCAUUUUCUACGCAGGCCGUUUCAUUGUAUUUUCCUAACAAGAAUGAUUGAUGUUGUCCGAUCUUUCAAAUAGAAAUGGUGUUUCACUAUGGUAGAGACGGAAUGCAGCCAGGCUAAUCGGGUUGUAAUAUUUAAUUUGAACAUUUGUAAUCAGAGCUGCAGGGAACAAUUCGUGGGACCACGCAGUUCCACAGCCCGAUUAUAACGCUUCAAUUUACACCUUUAAUGCAUUUUAUAUCAAACUUUUAAGCGUGGAAAAAGGCUAGGGACGAAACCUUUGGAAAAACUUCUUUUCUUGCAACCAGUCGACUAGAGCGACUCUAAAUACGCUUCCCGUACGCUUACCAGAGAAAGGAAUGUGUCGUCAGGAGCGAUUGUAAUGCUCUAGUGAUCACUUUGAAGGGAAAACGUCCCUCAGUGUUCACUAAAAGUACAUGAAAAUUUACUGCAUGGUUCAUCAAUGAAACAACUGCCCAACAGAACGGGAGGAAAAUCACAUCAAGAAAAAAAAACACAAGACAUUAUUUCGUAGAAUUUAUAAAGGCAGUGCAUGAAUUCAAAUGUUAAUUUUCAGACUGAGAUAUUAAAUAAAGAACACUGCAGUGGGCGAAAUACACAGGCUAAUUAUUAGUGAAGUUUACAGCGUAUGCGGUCUCUUGUCUCUAUAUAUUCGAUUUAUUUUGCCUUCAGAUGCUUCAUUUGUCCUGGCUCUAUUUUUAAUUAGGGGCUGUCUUUUCAUCACGUUUUGAUAUGCAACGUUGCACGCCACUAACUAUUAAAAGAACAGCUUUGCAGCAACGUCUUAAUGUUCGCCUUCUCCAGCUAACGCCUGUAUAGUUUUGUCUUUCAAAUGCAACUGACUGUAAAGGAAAAUCUGUCCUGACUGUGUGUCGUACAUUUCUCGUGUACGCAUUUAACUGUUCCCGACGCGAGUCUCCAUUCCAAGGGAAGCACCAUGCAUGCUGAAAUAUUGAAUCAGGUUUUGUCAUUCUGGUACCGAUUGUUGUCAAAACAACCUGUCAAAACAACUUGACAUACCAGUGCGCCUAAAAAGGCCAGAGCCACGAUACAUGCCUAUUUCAGUGUUAUUGCUGUUAUUAUAUACCGAAGUGCUCAUGUAAAACGUGGUCAGUCAUGUAUCACCUAAGUUCUAAGUUUAUUUUUCGCAAAAUUAGAGAUUUACCAAGAACGAUGUACGCCUUCGCUAUUGGUUUACUCCUGGUUGCAUUUCAAGUCAGCUGUGAUGGCGCCCCAGGACGCUUAAUUCUAGAGCCAAUACCUCAUGCGGAUGUCUCUGCGGAAGUCUCUCAAGAGAUACCUGUGGAUGUCUCUCAAGAGAAACCUCCGGAAGUCUCUCAAGAGAAACAUUUGGAAAAAAGAGCUGAGCCAAUACCUCAUGCGGAUGUCUCUGCGGAAGUCUCUCAAGAGAUACCUGUGGAUGUCUCUCAAGAGAAACCUCCGGAAGUCUCUCAAGAGAAACAUUUGGAAAAAAGAGCUGCUUGCACCGACAAACAAGAUCGUGGAAAUUGUGAAUACUGGAAGAAGAGCGGUUUCUGUCAUCGAAGUAGCAAAUACUAUGCGUAUAUGCGAGACCACUGCUACGCCACCUGUACUAACUGCAGAAGUACUGGGUGUCGCGCAGACAAACAAGAUCGUGGAAAUUGUCAGUAUUGGAAGAAUAGAGGUUUCUGUGAUCGAAGUAGCCAAUACUAUGCGUAUAUGCAAGACCACUGCUACGCCACCUGUACUAACUGCAACUCACAAUCCACUGCAGCCAAUCAAGGGUGUCGUGCAGACAAACAAGAUCGUGGAAAUUGUCAGUACUGGAAGAAUAGAGGAUUCUGUGAUCGAAGUAGCCAAUACUAUGCGUAUAUGCAAGACCACUGCUACGCCACCUGUACUAACUGCAACUCACAAUCCACUGCAGCCAAUCAAGGGUGUCGUGCAGACAAACAAGAUCGUGGAAAUUGUCAGUACUGGAAGAAUAGAGGAUUCUGUGAUCGAAGUAGCCAAUACUAUGCGUAUAUGCAAGACCACUGCUACGCCACCUGUACUAACUGCAACUCACAAUCCACUGCAGCCAAUCAAGGGUGUCGUGCAGACAAACAAGAUCGUGGAAAUUGUCAGUACUGGAAGAAUAGAGGAUUCUGUGAUCGAAGUAGCCAAUACUAUGCGUAUAUGCAAGACCACUGCUACGCCACCUGUACUAACUGCAACUCGCAAUCCACUACAGCCAAUCAAGGGUGUCGCGCAGACAAACAAGAUCGUGGAAAUUGUCAGUACUGGAAGAAUAGAGGUUUCUGUGAUCGAAAUAGCAAAUACUACGCGUAUAUGCAAGACCACUGCUACGCCACCUGUAGUAACUGCAAAUCAACCAAAGGCACUACUGCUACAUCGCAACAAGGACAAGUGCAAAACGCCUGCUUAAAAGUCCACAAUUACUGGCGUGCUCAGCAUGGGGCGCCGGCGCUGGUCUGGGAUGCCACAUUGGCUCAACAUGCUCAGGCCUGGGCUAAUCGCCUGGCGGCCACAAACACGUUUGAACAUGCAAAGAACACUGGUGAAGGAGAAAACCUUUUCAAAUCCGGUGGAGACGCGUCAUACAAAGAAGCAGUGGACGCUUGGUAUAAUGAAGAAAAACUGUACAAUUACAACCAUCCUGGAUUUAGUAUGGCCACCGGCCAUUUUACGCAGGUGGUUUGGAAGGGCACCACUAAAUUGGGAUGUGCUAUUCAGAAAAGAGGACGGGAAACCUACAUAGUGGCACGCUAUUCCCCGCCAGGAAACGUUGUAGGCACUGGCACGUUCGCAAAAAACGUGGGACGAAAGAAUAGUGGUUGACCUGAGAGGACGCAAUGACGAAAUGCGCCCGAUCGACUGUGAUCAUUGGACACAGAAGGGCGGAAGCAAUUUUUUGUAUUGUCAGUAGAUGUAGACAAAAAGUUCAAUAAAAUCUGAGGGUAAAAUUGACCAAGCAUUGCUUCUUUAUUAUUAAAAGAAAACGUUUUGCCUCUAAAAGGCAUAUGAGUUAGGAACGAAAAACGAAAGGCGGGUCAGAAAAUUGAGGCAAAACUGGAGAAAAGGGGUGGGGGGGGGGGGGUGUUAAAGAGAGCCUGUGAAUCAGUUGAGACUACCACCCCACUGAUAUCAUCCCUGAGUCAUAUCACUCAAUGUUGCCAAGUUUAAUUAUGCGAUAACAAUAAGGACCACUUAUUACUUGUUCGUCGUUUCCACAAAACAAGUAUCUUUGUACUCUAAAUACCUUCUUUAAUGUCGAGCAAUAGCGCUGACUGUAGCCCCACUAUCCGGUAACACCGUGACGCUGGCGCCAUUAAUUAGCACUACAAUCAACACUGGCAAUCUGUACUUAUGUUUUAACAACUUACAGACUAGAGGAGGCUAGUAUAUCUACUUCAGGUGAGCUGGGCCUGGUUGUUGGAGGACUAAUCAGCUUUGUAUCUUUUCGUUGAGAUUUUCUGCUUAUAUUGUUUGUCUUUCAGUUUUGAAUUUGAAUAAUCACAAACUAAACUAAACAUAAGCACUGAAAAACAAUUUUAUACAAGAAAAUUUAAUACCUCGGUUAAAUUUUAAUACUGGGUUAACCUAAUCAGACUUUAAACAACCCGGCCCUUGGCAUGUCAUCUCACUUUCCCUUUUCUUCAUAGUUCCUGGGGUAAUGGGUCUUGAGUAAAUCUACAUGUAUUACUUUUGCUGCUUAAUGAAGACUGUCCUAGGGUGUUUUUUUUUUCGUUUUCCAAGUUACGCUUCUUCUCUGCUUAUUCUUCCCUAUAUUUCUUUCAAAGCUUUAAUUUUGUUUUAUUUAGUUUUAAUAUACCUCCCUUUCUGACUCGAUUAGCCUUUGCUAGCAGAUUUAUUAUUGUUACAGUUUCCCAAUUUCGGUACAUCAACAAAUUAUAUAUGGGUUAUUGACCAAGCUUAUUCGGUCAAGAUGGCUGGAUAUUGGCCAAGUUCUUUUUUUGCGWGUU